AUGUUCAAAAAUCAGCGAUACGAGUGGAUCAAAAAUUUCACGAACGGCGAUUUAUACUCUGGAGAGGCUAUUCCCGACAACGUCAAAGAUGGCCAAGGAACCUACUACUGGGCCAGCACUGGCUCCACCUACAAGGGUGCUUGGAGCAAAGAUCAGCCACAUGGUCAGGGCACGAUGACUAUUCCAGGAGCGGAAGGCUACACUUAUAUCGGCAACUUUACAUGUGGCAAGCACUGUGGUCAAGGAGAAUGUCGCUUCAACAAUGACCGAGUAUAUAUUGGCGAAUGGCUCGAUGAUCAAAUGCACGGUCAAGGCACUUUACGUGGUGGUGCUGAAGAUUCUUUUAAGGAGUACAAAGGGCCUUUCUCCAAAGGUCUAAGAAGUGGGAAAAAAGGCCAGUGCCUUUACACAAACGGUGACCACUAUGUGGGCGAAUGGAUCGACGACAUGCGCCACGGUAUGGGUGAGUUGACGUUAGCUCCUGAGGAGAAAGGGAAAAAAAUAUUGAAUAAAUUCAUCUCUUCGCAUAAAGGCUCUACUCUUCUCUCUUCCGGUUCAGGCUUCACAGGAUAUAUUCGACCAAUGCCUCCUUCAACUACUGUAGCUAGUGUAGUUCACUACAAAGGACAUUUUAAGUGUGAUAUUCCCUCCUGUAUAACGGGCGGUAGUCUGAUGUACGAUGACGGGAGUACAUAUGUAGGUGCUGUUGACGGGCAUCUACGACGUAGUGGCGAAGGGCAACACAAUAUGGUGAACGGAGAUGUAUACUCUGGCCAUUUUUGCGAAGACGAACGCGAUGGUCAUGGCGUGUUACGCUGCGCAGCGGACGAACUCAGCUACGAUGGCAUAUGGCUGCAUGGAGAGCUCGACGGCUUCGUUGUUUACCACCGUUCUUUCUUAGCAUCGCAGCCAAAUCUGUCUACAGCUAGUGGUAAUGGAGACACCUGCCCCCAAACAAGUCUGAAACCACUGACCAUAGUCGACUAUGAAGGACCCUGUGCUCGUGGUGAGUUUACGGGGUCGGAUGCUGUAAUCACUUUUUUUGAUCACAGCAUGUACCGUGGUGAUGUAUACGAUGGUCAACCUAAUGGUUGUGGUGUACUUGAGAAUCGCUUAGUAUGUGGAUCCUUCCCUCCUGCGGCGUUUGGUUCGGAGGUUAUGUUUCUACGAUAUAGUGGCUACUUUUCCAAGGGUGAGCCUGAUGGGAGUGGAACCGCGACGCUCCGCAUUCCUUCUUCGGACGUCCCUCUCGGUAUUAAAAAUGACAGUGAAGCAACCUUAUUUCACCACGAGGGGCUCACUUUGGUUUCUCCUAGAGAAGAGGGCCUGAUAUUGCAGUUUAAACAAAGUGGCACUUUCCGAGGGUCGUGGUCUCGCGGGCUCCCGGAAGGCUCUGGUGAGUGGAAUUGGGAGAGUAAAAGCAAGGUAUAUCAGGGGGAGGUGCACCUGGGACUUCCCAAUGGCCAGGGUAUUUACAAAAGUAUAUCCGAACAGUACGAGGGUCAUUUCGAAGAGGGCCUGCCGAGUGGUUAUGGUAUCUAUAGGAACAUUCUGACACACGUGACUUUUCAGGGCAAUUGGCUUGCCGGUUUAUAUCAUGGGUUAGGUAACUGGACCUUGACUUCAAGCGGGGCCGGGGGGGACUCAUCGUUCGUGCCAAUUGAUGCCACUUACAAGGGAUCAUGGCAAAAUGGCAAGAAACACGGACACGGCAUCGAGUGCAACGCAGAAGAAAUCUACGAGGGUGAGUUCGUAGAUGGUAUGCGCCAUGGUCAUGGCAUCCUACGGCACAUUUCUGACGAUGGAUACUGCUAUGAAGGUGAUUUUAGCCAAGGAAAAUUAUCUGGUAUUUCAGGAAAAUUAACGUUUCCGAAUGGAGCGAUAGUGACGGGGUCCUUCGAAGACGGUGUACCACACGGUGAUAAUAUAUGUGCAGUGUUUCCACUAACAUUGACGUUCAAAGGUCGGUAUGACCAUGGCUGUCCCAUUGGAAUAGGCGAUAUUACUUACGCCAACGGGGAUCGCUACAGCGGCGAGGUCGAGCUCGCGACUUCUGUGUCUUGUCACCAGGAAUGGGCACCUCAACGCCACGGGAAGGGUGUAUAUACUUUUGUAGAGGGAAAUCGCUUAGAGUGCAUGUGGCGGCACAACAUUCUCAAUGGUCAUGGUAAACAUAUUACCCCUAAUGGAGAGGUUAGUGAACGGCAUUACGCGGAUGGUAUUAUUUUGUCCAAGUCAACUUCCAAUACUAACAUGUUUACGCCUGGGAACGAGUUUCCAAACACGCAAUCAGAGAGAAUGCUGAAGGCGAAGCUUGAAUCCAUGAAUCAACCACACAAAUUUAUUCGUCGUGGUGAGGCGCGACAAGCGGUUAAAAGUGCAGUUUUGGCAGUUUCAGGAAAUGUUUCCUUUGCGGCAAAGGAGUAUAGCGUUGCUGAUACAGUACCGAAAAGCAAUGCAACCUCAGCUUCUGCGAAGAAAGAAGUUUCGGAUAUCACAGCAUCUAAGGGUCCAAGACGGCCGCGACAUAACGUCACGACACCGACAUCAAUACCCAUCAGUACUUGUAUGAACCACAAUCCCACGAGUCUUUUCACUGGUGUUAUGGAGAAGCGUGCAAUGUCAAUGGAGGAACCUCGACGACCAUUUAGCCAGUCCGCCAAGACAACUUCAGCAAGUAUCCUUCCAUUGAGAAAGGGGAGUGAAAAGGUCUCGGAUACUGGCGCAAUAGGUGAUCCCGCACAUCCUCCUAAGCGGUCUACUCAUCGUAUGGCAACAUCAAAGGUUGUUAAAGAUGCAAACAGUCCUCCAGUUGUUAGCGGUCGCAAGGCUACUUCCCAAGAAUCCCCUCCGUUAUCGUUCUUACCUCAAAGAUUGUCUUCUGGUACGAGCACCAAUUACACCGCUAAGCGCUCUUCUUCCUUAAGGGUAUUUCAGAAACUUAUCAAACAGCUAAAUGUGAGCAGUGGGGAUUCACCAGCUGAAGAGGAUGGUAGUGCUGUUGUCCAAGAAGCAGAUGGGCUGAGCCUAGGAUCUGCAACUCGUUCAGAUUGCAAUGGUGGUGGUGUGAUUGUCAACGGCAUUUCGGAUUUAACUUCACAGCCGAAUUCUAGUGUUGCUCCAGACGCUCCACCUGAGUCCAACCUUGGUAUCCUCAUGCGGGAGGCCUGUGAAAUCCGCAGUACCGCCGAAGACGAAGUCUACACACUUACUGAAAAAGUACGAACCCUAAAUGAGAAAAUAUGGCAACUACGUUUCUUACUUUCUUCAAAACCUGCUGCAGCUACACAGAUGCGGGACGGUACGGAAAAACUUAGAGCGGAUGAUGAUACAAGUGACACUAAUUGGGAACCGCUGGAGGCGAUGCAACGAGAGCGCCGGGAGAUUGUUGAGGCUCUUCGAUCUAAGCUGAACGAGGAAUUUGUAAGGGAUUCAUAG